AUGCGUGAAAUAAAUUUGGCUUUCGAAACAUUAAGGAAGGCCGUACCGUCUUACAUGCCUCAAUUAAUUUUCUCAGGAGAUGGAUCUAAUGAAAAAUUGACAAAAAUAUCGACUCUGCGAUUAGCUAUGAAGUAUAUAAAGGGACUUACAGAAUUAUUGCACAAAGAUAAUGGAGCUUAUAGUAAUGACGACUGCAGUAACGAUGAUAUGAUGGAGUCCCAUUCGAUUAUUUUUCGUGACACUGAUACCUGCACACUUACAGCAUUAAACACAUCUACCUGUGAUCACCUGAAUUCACCUAAUUAUGGGAACGAUGGCGGUAGUGACGGGGAGAGUUUGCAUUCAGGACACAUAAUGACAUCGGAUAAUGUAAUUGAUAUUUCUAUAGAAACAUUUUCACAAGCCGAUGUGAAUUUUGAUUUUUCUGAGAAUUUUUUCAAUCCAGAACUGGGUUAA